CUGCUUUAAUUAAUUCGUAAAUUGAGAAACACAUGCUGAAGAAGUAGUCAUGUGGCUCUGCUGACGGAGAGGUUCCUGCAGGAAUUUGCAAGCACACGCAGGCAUGCUCUUUAUCCAGGACUGCUGUCUUAAAUCUUAGGUGUGGAAGUUACGGUACAGAGCACAGUCUCCUUCAUGUGACUAGAAUUGCAGAGAGGCAUGGAAAUCUGCCUGUACGAAAUAAGGUGCAGAUCAAGGCUUUAGAAAGGGGAGAAAUCACUGAGCCUGCUGAUAUCAGUGGAAACUAAGAAUUAAACUCUAGGCUUUCACAGAUCACCAGAGGAUGGAAAAAUCACCAAAAAUGAUAGACAAAUUUUUGCGAAAUCUUAUAGUCUGAAGAAACUACUUAACCUUUUCAGGCUGAAGAACAAUGGCUUCCUUCAGCAACCUGACUAUUGGCAUUGCUGUUGCCAGUUUUACCGUAUUUCAGCUCCUGUUCCAUGUUUUAAGUUCUUGGGUGUCAACACGAAUAACACCUGGUUUUAACAAUCUCAGCCAAAAAAGGAAGAUCGAAUGGAAUUCAAGGACAGUGUCCACAUUCCAUGCCUUGGUGGUUGGUGGGUUUUGCCUGUAUAUUUUGUUGUACGAUGAUGCUGUUAAUGCUGACCGUCUCUGGGGUGACCCUUCAAUUGUGAAACUGAAUAUUGCUAUUACCACAGGCUACCUCAUUUCUGAUUUGUUGCUUAUUAUUUACUAUUGGAAGGCAAUUGGUGACAAAUUUUUUGUAAUACAUCACUUGGCAGCUCUGUAUGCUUACUAUUUUGUACUGAGCAAAGGUCUGUUGGCUUAUUUUGGAAACUUCCGUCUGCUUGCAGAGUUCUCCACUCCUUUUGUCAAUCAGCGGUGGUUUUUUGAAGUACUGGGAUAUCCCAAAUCUUCAAAGGCCAACAUGGUCAAUGGUGUGCUGAUGACAGUUGUGUUCUUCGUGGUGAGGAUUGCCGUCAUGCCUAUAUAUUACAGCCAUGUAAUUUCUUCAUUUGGAACAGAGGCUUUCCAGAGAUUAGGGUUUGCAGCCCAGAGCGCCUGGAUUAUCUCAAGUGUUGUCUUGGAUGUUAUGAAUGUGAUGUGGAUGGUCAAAAUUGCAAAAGGAUGCUACAAAGUCAUUUGUCUUAUCGGACAGGAGGAAGCCAAAACUCAUAGAAAUGGAAAAUCUGACUAGAAAUCACAUGCAUAAAACAAAAUUUCUGCUAUGAAAAUAAUUUGGGUUCACUGAAACAGUGCACGUUUCUGCCAUGGAAUGCUCCUCUUAAGGAAACAAGGUAUUACCUCUGUACUGACCUUACUCUUUCCCUAGCCACACUGCCUGCACACCCAGGGCCACGCUUUACGGAUCCUGCCUGGUGAGGAAUCAAAGCAAAAGCUCACACAAAUGAGUUCCACGUGUCUGUUCGAAGCAUUUACAAGCUACUGAAAUUAGAAAGGAGCAGACUGGUUAUUUGCUUGUUAUCCACCAGUGUG